AUGGAUCAAAUCUCUCAGUUACCCGACCCGAUUUUACAGCAUAUACUCUUCUUCCUACCGGCAAAAGAUGCAGCUCAAACUAGUGUUCUCUCCCGGACAUGGCUUAACGUUUGGAAUUUACUUCCUAUACUUACAUUUGAUUUUGAUGAAAACGCUUUCAUACAGAAACACUUGUCUGCAGAAAUAGAGGAACAGAAACAAGCUGAUGAAGGAGACGCGUUCUUAAAUCAUAUAGAUAGUCCUUUGACAAAUCUCCGCAUCCAAAAAGCAAUAAUACAGAAAUUCAGACUUUCUCUUAAUUUUUCCGAUACAAAAAAUGCGUCUUGCAUUGAUGAAUGGAUAGGAUUAGCCACCAAUAACUGCAUCAAUGAAUUAGAUAUUCAUAUUAUGCGCCAAGAUGAUAAGUUAGAUUGGUAUAGUUUACCCGGUACAGUAAUUACAGCUAAAUCGCUUGUUGUUCUUGGUGAUGUCCAUCUCAUUGAAGAAGUAUUAGCUGUAGAAGAUUUAAGUCUCGUCGAGUGUAGGGGAGUAAAAGAUAUAUUGAUAUCUAAUCUCCCUAAUCUUCUGAAGCUUACCUUGCAUCAAGAGGAUGAUAUAGCAAAUGAGAAUAUUCUGAUUCAAGCUGUUAACCUUCAAAUGGAAGAACUGAAUGAAAUUACAUCGUUCUGCUCGCCAUCUGUUGUCAAGCAUUUGAUGCUAAAGGAUGUUGCGCCGCCUCUAAAUUUUGAAUCAUUGUUAGAUGGUUUGUUUUGGACUUGUCAUCCAGAAUCUCUGUCAGUUGAAAGUAUGUGGGGGAGAAGUGAUGAAUUUAUGCAGUUCUUGAGAGAGAAAUUAAUGGAAAAAGAAGGUGUUCAACCAGUCUGCUGCGACUCAAGAAGUGUCAAAUGUUGGAGGCAUUAUCUUAAAGGAAUUGAAGUUGAGAACUCUACUACUAGUCUGCAUGGGGAUUCUUUUUCUCCAUGUCAAGAUAUUAGUAUUGCUAGUAUUGCGAAAGUGCAAUGGGUACAGUGGUAA